CCGCUUGACAAGAAAGGACGUGAGGCGCGUGCCGGAAGAUUCCGAACUCGAGGUUUUUCAAGAAGCUUCUUGAAGAAAGUGAAAAGUGAUUUUGGAAAGUGCUGGUUGUGGUGACUUUUUGGUUUUUGCUGUCCCGUGUGUAAAGCAGAAAAAGCCUAAAGAUGCCGGAAGUCGAGACCGAGACCUUUGCGUUCCAGGCUGAGAUCGCUCAGCUGAUGUCGCUGAUCAUCAACACCUUCUACUCGAACAAGGAAAUCUUCCUGCGAGAACUGAUCUCCAACUCUUCGGAUGCCCUGGACAAGAUCCGCUACGAGUCGUUGACCGAUCCCUCAAAACUGGACAGUGGCAAGGAGCUGUUCAUCAAGCUGAUCCCGAACAAGGAAGCCGGCACGCUGACGAUCAUCGAUACCGGUAUCGGCAUGACCAAGGCCGACCUGGUCAACAACCUGGGAACGAUCGCCAAGUCCGGCACGAAGGCCUUCAUGGAGGCGCUGCAGGCCGGAGCGGACAUCAGCAUGAUCGGUCAGUUUGGUGUGGGUUUCUACUCGGCGUACCUGGUCGCGGACAAGGUCGUGGUCACGUCCAAGAGCAACGACGAUGAGCAGUACGUGUGGGAAUCGUCGGCCGGAGGUUCGUUCACGGUUCGCACCGACCCCGGUGAGCCGCUGGGCCGUGGUACCAAGAUCGUCCUGCACAUCAAGGAAGAUCAGCUGGAGUACCUGGAGGAGAGCAAGAUCAAGGCCAUCGUCACCAAGCACUCGCAGUUCAUCGGCUACCCGAUCAAGCUGCUCGUUGAGAAGGAACGCGAACAGGAAGUCAGCGACGAUGAGGCCGAGGAGAAGGAGGACAAGAAGGACGAGGAGAAGAAGGAGGACGAGCCCAAGAUCGAGGAUGUUGAGGACGAUGAAGACAAGAAGGACAAGAAGAAGAAGUCCGUGAAGGUCAAGUACACCGAAGACGAGGAACUCAACAAGACCAAGCCGAUCUGGACUCGCAACGCCGACGACAUCUCCCAGGAAGAGUACGGCGAGUUCUACAAGUCGCUCACCAACGACUGGGAGGACCAUCUGGCCGUGAAGCACUUCUCCGUUGAGGGUCAGCUGGACUUCCGUGCGCUGCUGUUCGUCCCGCGUCGUAUGCCCUUCGACCUGUUCGAGAACAAGAAGAAGAAGAACAACAUCAAGCUGUACGUGCGCCGUGUCUUCAUCAUGGACAACUGCGAGGAGCUCAUCCCAGACUACCUGAACUUCAUGAAGGGCGUCGUCGACUCCGAGGAUCUGCCGCUGAACAUUUCCCGUGAGAUGCUGCAGCAGAACAAGAUCCUGAAGGUCAUCCGCAAGAACUUGGUCAAGAAGUGCUUGGAGCUGUUCGAGGAACUGUCCGAGGACAAGGAGACGUACAAGAAGUUCUACGAUCAGUUCAGCAAGAACCUGAAGCUGGGAGUGCACGAGGACAGCUCGAACCGUCAGAAGCUGGCCGAUCUGCUGCGUUUCAACACGUCCGCGUCCGGAGAUGAGUACUGCUCGUUCGGUGACUACAUUGGCCGCAUGAAGGAGAACCAGAAGCACAUUUACUACAUCACCGGCGAGAGCAUCGACCAGGUCAAGAACUCGGCCUUCGUUGAGCGCGUCAAGAAGCGAGGAUUCGAGGUCAUCUACAUGACUGAGGCCAUCGAUGAGUACGUCAUCCAGCAGCUGAAGGAGUACCAGGGCAAGCAGCUGGUGUCCGUCACCAAGGAAGGUCUGGAGCUGCCGGAAGACGAGGAAGAGAAGAAGAAGUUCGAGGAGGACAAGGCCAAGUACGAGAACCUGUGCAAGGUCAUGAAGUCCGUCCUGGACCAGAAGGUCGAGAAGGUGAUGGUGUCGAACCGAUUGGUCGAUUCGCCCUGCUGUAUCGUCACCUCGCAGUACGGUUGGUCCGCCAACAUGGAGCGUAUCAUGAAGGCUCAGGCCCUCCGUGACUCGUCCGCCAUGGGCUACAUGGCCGGCAAGAAGCACCUGGAAAUCAACCCCGACCACGCGAUCGUCGACAUGCUGCGACAGCGCGCCGACGCCGACAAGAACGACAAGGCCGUCAAGGAUCUGGUCGUGCUGCUGUUCGAGACUGCCCUGCUCUCGUCCGGAUUCUCGCUGGACGAACCCGGAGUGCACGCGGCCCGCAUCUACCGUAUGAUCAAGCUGGGACUGGGCAUCGACGACGAUGAGGCCGCCACCAGCGAGGAGACCAGCGCCGAGCCGGCCGGAGGUGCUGGCGAUGCGCCACCACUCGUGGACGAUGCCGAGGACGCUUCCCACAUGGAGGAGGUCGACUAAGGAGAGACUGAUUAAGCUCUAGACACAUAAUUAAGCACACACCAACACACACGGGGGAACACAGAAGCUUUUAUUCGUUUAAAAACACAGACAUGCUCUAAAAAAAGCCAUUGACGACGAUUUUGUUUUAGAUAAACUAUUCGUAGUUGAUGUGCGGUGAACUUACGCUUACGUUCAUUCUUAAUUAUUUUACACCUGGUAGCCAGGUCGAACCAGUCGAACUCUUAAUGUUACUAUGCGUAAUAAAAUAAAAUCAGAACAAAUUCAAACAAGAAAA